CUUCUAUUUCCUUUGUGAAUGCAGAGUUUCAGCUCAGAGGCUCUGUAUUCAUUUCAACAGCAAAUGGGUUUUAUUCAUAGGCACCACCUCCUCCUCAUUCUCCUCAUUUUUCAUGCCAUUCUAUUGCUCUCUUGUCAGGUCCAAUCUGCAGAUGAGAAGGCAAAUCUACUUCAGGGCCUAAAUAGCUAUCGAUCAUUGGUGAACCUGACUUCCCUUGCUGAGAACAGUAAUGCAGACUGCUUUGCCGAUGAACUAGCAACCCAGUUCAAGAAUCAACCAUGUUCGAACACUACUGGAGCAGAUACUGUUCCAGGCACCGAACCUCAGUUUUCCAACUAUCCUGACCUACUCGCCAAAUGCCAUCUAAACAUCACUGACACUAGAGAUGGCGUUGUUAUGCCUGUCUGUGUUCCUAACUUAGUCCCAGCUCUUGUGCUCACAAACUAUACGGAGUCUCAGUACACGCAGUAUCUGAAUGACAGCACUUACACCGGAGCUGGUAUUGGUUUUGAAGGUGACUGGAUAGUGGUUGUUUUAAGCACACACACCACUGGAGGAAGCUUCACAACCGACAAUUCUGCAAAUUCAGCUACUCCUGUUGGUUUGACUAAAAACUUUAUACCUUUGUUGUUGGGGUUCUUUCUUCAGUUUCUUGCCUUGCUGAGCUGAUGUACAAUGGUAUGCUUGAAGUGUUCUGUUUAUUCAUCGGCUGGUGAUUUCAUCAGACCCCUUCUUUUUUUUUUUUUUCCUGGCAUUUUCAGGGAUUAUGUAAGCUGAGAAUCACUUAGGAUAUACUUGCUGUUUAUUUCACAUUUGACACAACAAUUUGACAAUUUCAGGUUUGUUAAGCAUUUCCAUCCAUCCCUUUAUAGAAUUUUCAGUGAAUUCCUGUGUUCAAAUUUCUGCUUAUAGUAAGACAUUUACAACGUCAUCAAUCAUUCACAAUGAUGCUCGAUCACCGAUGACUUC